AAAACCGCCCCGGGAUCCCCCAAACCUCUCCCGCCGCCGGCGCUACCUCCGCCUGCGCCGCCAUCUUGCCGACGCACGGCGCGUGACGUCACUUCCGCCUCCUUCUUCCCCCGGCAGCGCCCCGCGGAGCCGCAGCCAUGUCCCUGGUGAUCCCCGAGAAGUUCCAGCACAUUCUGCGGGUGCUCAACACCAACAUCGACGGGCGCCGCAAGAUCGCCUUCGCCAUCACCGCCAUCAAGGGCGUGGGGCGGCGCUACGCGCACGUGGUGCUGCGCAAGGCCGACAUCGACCUGACCAAGCGCGCCGGGGAGCUCACCGAGGACGAGGUGGCACCUGGGGACACCUUGGGGACACCUUGGGGACAUUCUGUUUUUGGUUCCUUGUCCCUGCUGAGGGUGCGCGGGCAGCACACCAAGACCACCGGGCGGCGCGGCAGGACCGUGGGCGUCUCCAAGAAAAAAUGA